AUGGCGACAGAACAAAAGACGACGGACAAGUCGUCAGCAAGGGCAUGGGACGGACUCACACCCGCACUGUCGAGUUGGAUGCUGGACGCAAUCUCCAGCAUGGGCUUCCAGCGCAUGACCCCAGUCCAAGCAAGCACCAUUCCCUUGUUCAUGACCCACAAGGACGUCGUCGUCGAGGCCGUCACUGGAAGUGGCAAGACUCUUUCCUUUCUCAUCCCCGCUAUCGAGCGUCUCCUACGAGUUGACGAACCCAUCAAGAAGCACCAUGUCGGCGCCAUCAUCAUCUCUCCAACGAGAGAACUCGCUACUCAGAUCCACUCCGUUCUCGUCUCGCUAUUACAGUUCCAUCCUCCAUCAGCCGCUGCCCGACCGAAGGGCAUCGACGACGAUGACGAAGAAAUGCUCGAUGAGAACGCUCCUCCGAAACCCACCUUUCCUUCGUCAACCCCCAAGGUUGUGCCACAAUUGCUCCUCGGAGGCACGACAACGCCCGCUCAAGACCUGUCCGCUUUCAUUCGUACAUCGCCGAAUCUCCUUAUCGCUACUCCAGGUCGCUUGUUAGAGCUACUCUCUUCACCCCACGUACACUGCCCCCAGUCUUCCUUUGAACUCUUGAUCAUGGACGAGGCCGAUAGAUUGUUGGACCUUGGUUUCAGUGACACUCUGCAAAAGAUCCUGUCAAGACUGCCUAAGCAGAGAAGAACAGGUCUCUUCAGUGCCAGUGUGUCUGAAGCUUUGGACCAACUUGUUCGUGUAGGUUUGAGAAACCCUGUCAAGAUCGCAGUCAAAGUCAAGAGUGCUUCAGGAGCGCACGACAAGCGUACACCUGCCAGUUUGCAGAUGGCAUAUUUGGCCACAACUCCUCGUAUGAAGCUACCUGCUCUAAGCCGUCUGCUCACUCAACUCCCAUCGACACCUCAGAAGACUGUCGUCUAUGUCUCGACAUGCGCAACAGUCGAUCACUACCAACACAUCCUUUCCGAAGUCCUGCCAAAAGAAUUCAGAAUCGUCCCUCUACAUGGCAAACACCCGCCAAACGUACGCACCAAGAACUUUGGCAAAUUUGUCAAUUCGCUCGAGCCGUCCAUCCUUCUUACCACCGAUGUCGCUGCCCGAGGUCUGGAUAUUCCCGCCGUCGAUCUCGUAGUACAACUGGAUCCACCUAGCGACCCCAAAACAUUCCUGCACCGAUGCGGGCGUGCAGGUAGAGCGGGAAGAAGAGGUCUGGCUGUGACAUUCCUGAGCAAAGGCAAAGAGGAGGACUAUGUUGAAUUCUUGCGCAUCCGGAAGACACCUAUUUCACCGCUUACAGCACCUGCUAUCGAGCCGACAGAAGAGGAGGCCAACGAGAGUACACAAAAGAUCCGGGAGGUGCUCAAGUCGGAUCGAGCGCUUCACGACAAGGCACAGAGAGCAUUUGUGAGUUGGGUGCAAGCAUACAGCAAACACUCGGCAAGCAGUAUCUUCCGAGUGCAAGACCUAGAUUGGGAGGAGUUGGGACAGAGCUGGGGUCUCCUUCGACUCCCUCGAAUGCCCGAGCUGAAGAAGUUUCAGGGAGACAAAUUGCUCGGGCAGCAAAUUGAUUGGGACACAUUUGCAUACAACGACAAGAAGCGGGAAGAGCACAGGUUAGAAGAGUUGGCGACACUAAAGGCCAACGGAGGCCGGGCGGACAAGAGAGCGGGUGACGGCAAGACCAAAGAAGAGAGGAGGAAAGACCGGGCUUGGACAGCACAAAAGGAUGCGAAAGCGACAAAGGAUACACGUCGCGAGAUCAAGCUGGCACGCCGUGAACAUGAGAGGCAGAAGGGUCUCACGCCAGAAGAGAAGAAGAAGGAGGCAGAACUGCAAGCUAUGAUCGAGGAAGUGAGGGCGAGAGGAGAGCCAGAGAGCGAGUUUGAGGGAUUCGACGACUGA